AAAUUUGGUAUUAAAAGUUUCACAAGGCAAGCGUAAAAGCCAAGCUACCACUGCCGUUGUAUCACACAACAGUGCCCAUUUGUGUGAAAUUCCGAAUUCCUACUUUUGGGACUUUAGCUUCCAGGCUUUAUAGCCGAGCAGAAUCCCAGUCUGAGUGAUUGUAAUGGCCGACGCCGAGGCGCAACCAAGCCGAUCGAGGGACCUAGAUAAGCUCCUCCUCCGACCGGGCCAUCUCGUCGGCGCUAACUUCGAACCGGGCCAAGAAUUGAGAAAUGACCUUGCACAAUAUGCCAAAGUGUUAGUGGUAGGGGCUGGUGGAUUGGGCUGUGAGCUUCUAAAAGACUUGGCUCUCUCGGGUUUCGAAAAUCUUGAGGUCAUAGACAUGGACAGAAUCGAGGUCACCAACCUCAAUCGCCAAUUCCUCUUCAGACUUGAAGAUGUUGGUAAGCCAAAAGCUGAGGUUGCUGCAAAGCGUGUCAUGGAAAGAGUUAGUGGGGUGAGUAUCAAGCCACAUUAUUGCCGGAUCGAGGACAAAGACAUUGAUUUUUAUAGCGAUUUCAAUAUUAUUGUUCUUGGCCUUGAUUCAAUUGAGGCUCGGAGCUACAUCAAUGCUGUAGCUUGUAGCUUCCUAGAGUACGAUUCUGAUGAUAACCCUCGAGAAGAGACGAUUAAACCUAUGGUAGAUGGUGGAACUGAAGGUUUCAAGGGCCAUGCUAGGGUUAUUGUGCCAGGGGUCACACCAUGCUUUGAGUGUACCAUCUGGCUUUUCCCCCCUCAAGUAAAGUUUCCCUUAUGCACCCUUGCUGAAACUCCUAGAACUGCCGCUCAUUGUAUUGAAUAUGCCCACUUAAUAAAGUGGGAUGAGGUUCAUAGUGGAAAGGCUUUCGAUCCAGAUGACCCAGUACAUAUGAAAUGGGUCUAUGAUGAGGCUGUCAAGAGAGCUGAGCUUUUUGGCAUUCCAGGAGUCACAUAUUCUCUUACUCAGGGGGUGGUGAAGAAUAUUAUUCCAGCUAUUGCUUCCACCAAUGCAAUUAUAUCAGCUGCAUGUGCACUCGAAACAUUGAAGAUUACAUCGGGAUGCAGCAAAACUCUAUCCAACUAUUUAACGUAUAAUGGGGUAGAAGGUCUUCACACCAAAGUAACUGAAUUUGUAAGGGACAAGGACUGUCUCGUAUGUGGUCCAGGUGUUCUUAUUGAGCUGGAAGCUUCGGUUACUUUGCAAAAGUUCAUUGAUCUACUUGAAGAGCACCCAAAGCUGCUACUAUCAAAAGCUAGUGUCACACACCAAGGAAACAAUCUGUAUAUGCAGGCACCUCCGGUUCUGGAAGAGAUGACCCGAUCAAACCUAAGUUUACCACUUUUUGAGCUAAUGGGCAAAACUGCGAAGAGUGCUCUCCAUGUGACUGGUAAAACUACCAAGAACGACAAGAAGACCUCUGCUCUGAGAAAAUUACGCGUUGUUUUUAAGGGAGUUGUUGAUGGGGUUACAGAUAUGGAUACAGCUGGUGGAGCAUAGCUUCCACAACGCGUCUCGGUUUACUUUUGAAGCCACAACUUGUUGAAGCAUUUAAGACUCUCUCUCUCUUUCUCUCUCUCUCUCAAAUUAGAGCAGUGAAAGGUCGGUGAGGCUAGGUUGAAUUCCAUUUGAUUCUGUAAAUUUUUUCCAUAGAUGGCUGUUCUUUAGAACGAUUCAAGCGAUGAAUUUCUUGCCAAGAGAACAGUGAUAAUUUACACAGUUCCCUAAGUUGCUCUGAUUGGAUCAAACAUGUUUGGGUAGUGACUGCCAUGGUCCGCAUUUGGAUUUCUUGUAUCUCACUUGUAUAUAUUCUUCCA